GUAACAAAGUUUCCUCCGCGCCCCCUCCCUCCCCCUCCCCCUUAGAACCUGGCUCCCCUCCCCUCCGAAGCUCGCGGGGAUCCCUCCCUCCCACCCUUCCCCCUCCCCCCCGCGCCCCGAUUCCGGCCCGAGCCGGGGGGGAGGCCGGGCGCCGGGGCCAGAGUCCGGCCGGAGCGGAGCGUGCCCGGCCCCAUGGACAGCUCGGCCGUCAUUACUCAGAUCAGCAAGGAGGAGGCGCGGGGCCCGCUGCGGGGCAAAGGUGACCAGAAGUCAGCCUCUUCCCAGAAGCCCCGAAACCGGGGCUUCCUCCACUCUCUCUUCUGCUGUGUCUGCCGAGAUGAUGGGGAAGCCUUGCCUGCCCACAGUGGGGCUCCCCUGCUCGUGGAGGAGAAUGGCGCCAUCCCCAAGCAGACCCCUGUCCAGUACCUGCUUCCCGAGGCCAAGGCCCAAGACUCAGACAAGAUCUGCGUGGUCAUCGACCUGGACGAGACCCUGGUGCACAGCUCCUUCAAGCCAGUGAACAACGCUGACUUCAUCAUCCCCGUGGAGAUUGAUGGGGUGGUCCACCAGGUCUAUGUGCUGAAGCGGCCUCAUGUGGACGAAUUCUUACAGCGAAUGGGCGAGCUGUUUGAGUGUGUGCUGUUCACCGCCAGCCUUGCCAAGUACGCAGACCCAGUAGCUGACCUGCUGGACAAGUGGGGGGCUUUCCGGGCCCGGCUGUUUCGGGAGUCCUGCGUCUUCCACCGGGGGAACUAUGUGAAAGACCUGAGCAGGCUGGGCCGAGACCUCCGGCGAGUGCUCAUUCUGGACAAUUCACCCGCCUCCUAUGUCUUCCAUCCCGACAACGCAGUACCUGUGGCCUCAUGGUUUGACAACAUGAGUGACACUGAGCUCCAUGACCUCCUACCCUUCUUCGAGCAACUAAGCCGUGUGGACGACGUAUACUCAGUGCUCAGGCAGCCAAGGCCUGGGAGCUAGUGAGCCCCAUGGGGCCAGGACCUGUCCCUGACUGAGGCCACACCUCCUUCCACGCAGACUGUGGGCGCCUGCCUGUGCUCUUUUAAGAAAACCCAUCUGUGGGCCGCUCCACAUUCACAGCCCUGGGGGAGCAGGUGUCUCCCCCACCAACCCCACCAGGCUGCACCAAGGACAAUGAGCCCCUGGGCCCCUGUGUCAGUGCCUUCAAACCUCCUCCCCCCUUUUCAGGGGACCUGGAGGGCCCUGCCUGCUGCUCCCCUCUCUUCCUCUUCUCUCAUGCUGCCAAAUGGGACCCCUCAGCUCCAGUUCUGCUCUGGGGAUAGGGGCAGGGUUUCUGUUGCCCCAUGCCUUGGACCCCUAUCCUGGGAACUAUGGUCACCAAGUGCCUUGCAUAGAACUCCUUUCACCUUUGCCCAGUGAGCUUUCCAAGGGCAUCUUCCCCCCUGGAACAGCCUGCAGGUGGCUGCAGUCUAGGCUGAUCUGGGAGGAACCAGGUUCUUCCCUCCUAAUCUCUUCGCUUGGGACUGUCAGAGCCCUUACCAGUUUCUGCUUAGGAGGUGGGGGAAGAAGGUCUGUUACCACUUGUGAAGGGAGCAGGGGUCCUUCCUUCAGGACCCCAAAGUCCAACUUCUUUAAGCUGAUAGCUAUGGCUGCUUCUCAUCAAGCCUGGACCUCUUCUGCCAUAACCAACCUAAGGCCUGGGGCUUGGCCCCUCCAGCAAUGCCUCAGGAGGGCCUAGGCAGGACCGUCUGUGGUGCCAUAUAAAUAUGUAUAUGUGUAUAUAGAUUUUUAAGGGAAGGAGAGAGGAAAGGGUCCCCGUAGAGAGGGCUCUCCCUCUCCCCUUUCUGGGCCCAGAAAUUGGGGGGGGGGAGGAUUUUUACAUUUUUUAAACUGCUAUUUUCUGAGAGGAACAAGCUGGGCCCAGGGGCUGCAGGCCUUGUCCUCUGUCCCUCAGCUUCUUUGCUCCAUUCAUUCAAAAAAACAUUUAUUGAGCACCUUCUGUGCCCAGCAACGAGCUAGGUCCACCAGCUAAGUGAAGGGGGAUCUUCACCCUCUAAUUGGUGCCUCCCCCACUCCAGAUUUCACCGGUGCCUUUAGGGUAUCUGCAGGAGAUGGAACCUUCUGUGGGGCUUGGGGUAGGGGGGUCUCCAGGAAGCCUGGCCACACUGUCCUCCCCUGUGCCAACCCACCCCUGCAGCCUCCUCCCUCGCCCCCCGCUGGCUGGGGGCUGCUCCCAAGACAUCCUGCCUUCCAACUCCGAAUUCUGUUUCUGAAACCCCUCCGCACACAUCUGGAGUCCGGAGGUCAAGGCCUUGAGCUCUCCCCGGGGUCUAACGGUUAAGUGGACCCACAAACUAGUGCCAAGGGAGUUGGGGGAGGGAAGAUAGGGUUGUCUUGAAUCAGUGAUCGUCCCAUUUAAGUGCCUUCUCAGAGCCUCACGAUGUGAUAAGAACUAAAGAGAAAGCCAGACCCCCUAUAUUGGUUCUGUGGUUCUUGGAGAGGGGGUUGAUGCGAGAUAAGUGCCUCACCUGUGACUGCAACGGACCCUGUUUCAACAAACUGGUUGGAAGGGGGUGGUAGAAGGAAGGGCACUGUCCAGGUCGCUGGACUUUCAAUGGGAACAGGGCAGGGGAGAGAGCACAGUUCUGGGGCUCUGAUCUGUGCAACCGGGUGCAUGCUGGUCAGCUCUUUUUGCCUUGGUGACUUCAUCUGCAAAAUGGAGACCGACCCUUUUUGCAGACUUGAUUAAAUGCCUG